ACAAACUUGCUGUCCCUUUAAUGGGCGGGGCGUACGUGUUUCAUGUAGUAAGCGUCAGCUGAUUUAGAAGACAGUUUAGUAGGAAGAUAAGACUGUAGAGCGUUCGGUUUCCGGCUUCUCUUCUGUAACUCGGGAACACUGAAAUAUGGAAUAUGGAUGGUGUAUAGCAAUGAAGUAUCCCAGAAGCAGUCCAGUUCCAUAAUUUUUUGAUAUGCAUACCCAAGCAGCACAGAAGAACACACACAGAGGCAGUAUGGAAGAAGGAUUCCAAUAAGCAGUGAACUGUGCAAGAUGUGUUCGGGUGUGAAGCUCUUAUACCUACUAACACCAGCAGACAUUCAGAAUGCCUUUGAAUAUUGAACAGUGACCUCAUCAAAAAGUCAAGAGUCCGCUAAAUUAUGGAGCCUCUGACCUUUGAGACCUACAAUGGUAAUACUGCGUGGAAUAAUGCUGAUUGCCAGGAUGUAGGAAAGUUGAAUGCUUCCCUUCGCUGCAACUUUACAAGAACAACACCAGACUGCAUUGACAGUGAUGGAUAUAUUAAUUAUCUUGAUGGAGCUUUCUGCAGCUUCCCUCCAAACGUAUUCCCUCUUGCCAUCUUUCUGUAUACGCUUUGGUUGCUCUACCUUUUCAUUAUACUCGCAGUAACUGCAGAAAAAUUUUUCUGUCCCAAUCUGUCAGCAAUAUCCCGCAUUCUUAGACUUUCUCACAAUGUCGCUGGCGUUACUUUCUUGGCAUUUGGGAAUGGCGCCCCAGAUGUAUUUAGUGCUGUAGCUGCUUUUUCUGACUCAAGGACAGCAGGGCUUGCAAUUGGAGCACUUUUUGGUGCAGGGGUAUUUGUCACUACUGUAGUAGCAGGCGGGAUCACUAUAGUGAAGCCAUUCACAGCUGCAUCUCGUCCCUUCCUGAGAGACAUUGUGUUUUACAUAGCUGCCAUCUUCCUCACCUUCGUCGUUCUGUACCAAGGUUCUGUGAGCCUCAUUGUAGCUCUUGUGUAUUUGCUGUUGUAUCUGGUUUAUGUCUUCGUGGUGGUUCUCUCUACUUGGAUCUACCGGAGGAUGCGCCAACAGCAGUUAUCUGUUCCAGUAACGGAAGAACCAGACCUUUUAGGCGAGUCAGAGGACAAUUGCGUUCCCACCCCACAUGGAUCAGAAUAUGGAGAUGAGUAUCAGCCCCUUUUACCCAUGCAACAGAGCACCUGGCACAUUCUGUCCAGUGAACUGAAUCCAAUUGAUGUCAGGAAAUGGAAGCAGAAAUCUUGGAAGUGGAGAACUUUUAAACUGAUAAAGGUACCUGUAGAAGUCCUCCUCCUUCUUACUGUUCCAGUAGUGGAUCCAGAUAAGGAGGAGCGAAACUGGCAAAGGCCUCUGAACUGUCUACACCUUAUCACCACCCCACUGCUUUGUGUGUUCACUCUGAAUGCAGGAUCAUAUGGACUGUACAUAAUUAAUGGUGUGAUGCCAGUUUGGGCUGUUUUGCUGAUUAUUGGAACUUUCUUAGCUGCGAUUGUUUUCCUAACAACCACAAAUGAAGAGCCUCCAAAAUAUCAUUGUCUCUUCUCCUUUCUGGGAUUUGUUGCUAGUGCACUUUGGAUCAGUGCUGCAGCCACAGAAGUAGUUAACUUGUUACGCACAUUUGGAAUCAUCUUUCGCCUCAGUAACACAGUUCUUGGGCUGACGCUGCUUGCCUGGGGGAACAGCAUAGGAGAUUUUGUCUCUGACAUCACACUAGCCCGACAAGGAUACCCCCGCAUGGCUUUCUCUGCCUGCUUUGGAGGCAUUAUCUUCAAUGUGCUGAUUGGAGUGGGGCUGGGGUGCCUAAUGCAAAUGGGGCCAAGCAAAACAAUUUUUCAGCUUGAGCAUCAGGGUCUUCUGGUGUGGAUCCUGGCAGGGGGACUUGGCAUCAGCUUGGUAUUUUCUCUUGUAUCUGUGCCUGCUCAGAGUUUCCACCUACGACGUGGUUACGGCUUGACUUUGCUCUUCAUCUAUGGCCUCUUCCUCAUUGUAGCUUUGUUAACUGAAUUUGGUGUCAUCAGAUUGGAAAUGUUUUGAUGCUGCACUCAAAUCCUACCAGGCCUCUUCUCAUUAAUCCAUUCAUUUCUCUUUGCUUGUAAACAAAAGUCACAACAGACCUUUUAAAGGAUCAGUAAUGUCAAAUCUUUUUUUAAAAAAAUGUAUUUGUAUAGAACGAAAAAAAACCACGAAGACAUAUGCAACUAAAAUCACAAAGUCUUUAUUGAAAAAUAACGUACCGAAAC